AUGGGGAAGAUGGGCGACACCUGGAGGUGGGUGAAGACAAGCACGAAGACAGGUGAAACAGAUCAGGCCUGUGAGCUGAUGAACCAGGGCAUACUGGCACUGGUAACAUCUACAGGCUGUGCAUCCGCCAACGCCCUCCAGUCCUUGACCGACGCCAUGCACAUACCCCACCUGUUUAUUCAGAGAAACGGCCAGGGCACGCCUCGCACCGCCUGCCACCUCAACCCAAGUCCUGACGGGGAGAGCUACACCCUGGCCGCCCGCCCGCCUGUACGCCUCAACGACGUCAUGCUCACCCUGGUCACUGAGCUGCGUUGGCAGAAGUUCAUCAUCUUCUAUGAUGCUGACUAUGACAUCCGUGGACUGCAGACCUUCCUGGACCAGGCGUCUCGGCAGGGUCUGGACGUGUCUCUGCAGAGGGUGGACCGCAACGUGAGCAGGGUGUUCACCAACCUGUUCAGCACCAUGCGGACUGAGGAGCUCAACCGCUACCGGGACACGCUGCGGCGGGCCGUGCUUCUCAUGAGCCCCCGAGGAGCACAGGUGUUCAUCCACCAGGUGAGGGGUGUGGUCACCAGCAUGGUACCCUCUGUUCUGUUUGGGAUUAACUGA